AGUUUUUUCGACGGCAAGUGAAUUCUCGGUCAAGUUUUAUUUUGCUCUGUGAUUUUCGACAUUUCCAAGCUGAAAUUUAUAAAAUUUCCGCUCAAAUUUGUGUGCAUUUGACUCAAUUAGCUGAUUCUCCAAGUCCAAGCACACAAGUCCAGAGUUUGCAUAUUUUCACCAGCAUUUGCAACUCGGAUUUGAACUUGUUAUAAUUCCAGCCAAGCAAGAAGGCCAACAGCAACAGCAGAACCGAUUUCCUUCUCCUUUAAUCAAAAGAAUCGAAAGACAAGCAAGCAACUAUGGGAAAUGUAUUCGCCAAUCUAUUUAAAGGCCUCUUUGGCAAAAAGGAAAUGAGAAUAUUGAUGGUCGGUUUGGAUGCCGCUGGUAAAACCACAAUUCUGUACAAACUCAAAUUAGGCGAAAUUGUUACAACGAUACCUACCAUUGGUUUCAAUGUGGAGACUGUAGAAUACAAGAAUAUUAGCUUUACAGUGUGGGAUGUGGGCGGCCAAGACAAAAUUCGUCCAUUGUGGAGGCAUUACUUCCAGAAUACACAAGGUCUUAUCUUCGUCGUUGACAGCAAUGACCGAGAGCGUAUCGGUGAGGCGAGAGAGGAAUUGAUGCGCAUGCUGGCGGAAGACGAGCUUCGGGAUGCAGUCUUACUAAUAUUCGCCAACAAACAGGAUCUGCCAAAUGCAAUGAAUGCGGCUGAAAUUACCGACAAGCUCGGUUUGCACUCACUCAGAAACCGCAACUGGUACAUUCAAGCGACGUGUGCAACUAGCGGCGAUGGACUCUACGAGGGACUCGACUGGUUGUCCAAUCAGCUGAAGAAUGCUAAUCGCUAAUUAAACACACCAUAAAACUACAACCACAACAAGAUAAAUACACACUAACUUUGAUUUCAAGCAAAGCAGAAGCAAAAAGAACCAGCAUCAACGUCAGAAACACCAACCAACAGACAGACAAAACAGACACAGGAAAACGGUGGAAAUCGUCAUCAUGAAUGAACAACAACAGCAGCAGCAGCAACAACAAGAGCAGAGAUCUUUGCAUAACUUAAAAGGCUCCUCCUUUCUGUCCGUUUACAAAACAAGAAGUUGAAAUUGCAAGAACCGAACUUUUCAAACAGCAUAUAAAAGAACGCUAUAAUUUAAUUUAAAUUUAUAUACAUAAUUAUUGGAUGUUUAAAAACGAAACGAUUAAAAGAGAAA